AUGUGUCGGCCUCGUUUUCUGUUCCUUUUUACGUCUUGCCGCUCUCGCUCUGCCAUCGACAAAUUAAUUUACAUAAAAUUAGGAAUUCAAGUGCAAAAUCCAGUACUUUUUAUAUUCAAAAUUCAGUUGCUUAUAGCAAAAAGUGCAUUUUUGAAAGAGGCGAGUUGCUUUUGUAAACAAAAAUCGCUCUGAUAUUUUGCAACCUGGCUCUAUUGCAUGAAAAAGAAAGAAGUUACCAAAACGAAGGCAGGGCGAAGAAGAAGAAGAAAGCAACAGAAGAAAAAGAAGCAGCGGAAAUUGUUGGACGGCCACUUCUACCACCUCCAGCGUUUGGGAAUUGGGAAAAUCACAACCUGAACUAUAUCUUUGGACAACAUAUCCAUUGGCAUUCGACAGUUAGGUGAAGCCUAGAGACUGCCUUGCUUCAAGGUUGUGUUAGUGCGUGUACUUUGUGGUUGUGUUGUUGUUGUUGUUGCUGUGGGAGCUCAUCAUAAUUUGGAGAUCUUUUCAAUAAAAAACAAAAGUGAAAUUAUUUUGCCAACACACCCACACCAUAUGGAAGGCAUUUGAGGAGCAAAAGGCAAGACGAACAAAAUUCUCUUAAAGAUUUUUGUGGAUUUUUUGUUGAAAUAAGGACGGACGGCUGUGGUUAGUUGCCAUACUCAAGUCUUCAAGCAGUUGAAGAGUCUUUGUGAAAUUGUGGGCCAUGUCAAAUGGUGACGAUGUGCUAGACAAUUGGGAAGAAAUUGACGAAGCGAGUUUACAAUCAUCUUUGCAAAGCUCAAAAGCCUCAAAGCAAGAAGUUGACAACUCGAGCACUAGUACGGAAAAGAUCACCACCUCCUUAGCCACAAAUAAUUCCGAAUUAUUUUCUUCAUCAUUUAAUAGUUCGUCAUCUUCAAAACAACCCCAACCCACACAAAUGAAACUGCUUCAACGCUCCUCCACGACAACUGCUCAAGAAACUUCUGUGGUUAAUAACACAUCGCAAGCCUCACCGACAUUAAAUCAGAAUUUUGCCAAAUCUCCAUUGGACAAUAUGGCUUCUACAUUUGAACCGGUCAUGAUGGUUUUGCACAAAUCCGUCGAUGAAUAUGAUUCAGCAAAUUAUACUCAACCAAUUGUCAAUCAGACGGUGAAAAUCUUAAGACGUCCCACUCAGUCGUCAGAGCCGCGUAACAAUGGCAUACGUCCUAAGCAGCCAAUAAAAACGCUCAAACAAAGGGAACAGGAAUAUGCCGAAGCGCGACUACGGAUAUUGGGCUCGGCGAAAAAUCCCGAGGAUGAAGAGCAACGAGCCUCUUCAUCACCGAUUGUUGCAACAUGUGUAAGUAACUCAACACCAGCAACACCAACAUUGGCAACAACAUCUAUGACAACAACGGCAUCAUUUCCAACAACUCCAGUUAAUGUAAUUGGAGCUUCAAAAAUCAAUUCACCCAAAACUCAAGCAGUUACUGCUUUUAAUAAUCAUUAUCAAUAUCAACAACAGCAGCAUCUUCAACAACAACAGCAGCAGCAGCAACAACAACAACAGCAGUAUCAACAACAAUAUCAUCCUAACUAUCAGCAACAAAAUUUCUUUUACAAUCAGCAACCACAAUCACCUGCCUACAACAACAACAAUCGCACAUUUAGCAGUAUGCCUUUGUUGGGGCAUGGCCCCAUGGGUGCCAUUGGACAGCCAGCACAAUAUCAGCCACAGGCACAGCCGCCAACGCAAAUGAAGAUGUCACAGCAUUAUCACAACAAGUCAUCACAGCAACAGCAGCAGCAGCAACAGCAACAGCUUCAAAAGCAACAACAGCAAACCUGGUCGCCCGUUGUUGGCGGUAGCGUCUCAUCUUCGGCAGCCUUAAGGCAACAGCAAAAUGAAAAUUUAUUACGCUUACCCAAGGGUCCCGAUGGCACCAUAGGUUUUCAAAUGCGCCGGUAACGCGAUGAUAGCCCUCUGGAACAAUGCCCAACGGUAGCCAAAAAUCCACAACUCCUCAACUACUGCUAAAUUGUAAUAUUGGGAAGCGUUUAUUAAGCCACUCACUAAUCGUUUAUUCAGCGACUACUUGGUUUUGUGUGCAAUGCCAAAUUGAUGCUUAAUAAACGAAUUGUAAAAUAGGAAACGCACCUACUAUUCCCUACAGUUCGCUGCCGUUUAUACUACUUCUACAUUUAACUUCUUUAAAAACAAAAUUAACAAAUUGGUGUUUCAUAAAGGGGGAAAGAAUUUCCCAACUAAAAACAAACAAACAAGUAA